GUUCACUCGGAUCGCUCCGUGCUGCAAUGACAUAGCACACAUUCAUCAUGUCUGUACUCUUGCCAUUUCAUACUGCCAUCCUCGACAAGGUACACGACCCAGCAACUUCUGAACUCGUCCUCCUGGCCCGGGGACUUGGUCUUCGACGAAUCGUCUGCAAGCUCCUUCAGAUCUAUGACUCUCCGCACAACCUUGUCCUACUCGUCAACGCAACACCGGAAGAGGAGGCUGCCAUCGGAGAGGAACUAGGCAUAAUGGGUUGCAGAAAUCCGGGCUUGCGAAUCGUCGGUUUCGAGACAGGAAGAAAGGACAGGCAGGAUUUGUACAAGAAGGGUGGUCUAGUGUCUAUCACCUCCCAGAUUUUCACAGUGGACAUGCUCACGUCCGACAUCCCGACACAUCUCAUCACCGGGAUCCUCAUCCUUCAUGCUGAAAGAGUGACCCCGACCUCUGCGGAGGCUUUCAUCGUUCGGCUCUACCGCGAGAAGAACAAGAAGGGCUUCCUCAAGGCUUUUUCGGACCAGCCUGAGCAUAUCACAAGCGGCAUGUCGCCUCUGCGUACCAUCAUGAAAGAGCUCCAGCUACGCACCGUCCAUAUCUAUCCCCGUUUCCACGCCGACAUCAAAGAAUCACUCGAUCGCAAGGCCCCUGACAUCGUCGAGCUCCACCAAGAAAUGACGGAGCCGAUGUCCGAGAUCCACCAUGCGAUCGUUCAGUGUAUGUCGACCACGCUCGCCGAGCUCAAGCGUGCCAACACGGCACUUGACCUCGACGACCUCACCAUCGACAACGCGUACUUCCGCUCGUUUGACAUCGUCGUCCGCCGCAUCUUGGACCCUGUAUGGCACAAGGUCGGCCCGCGCACCAAGCAGCUCGUCAGUGACCUGGCGACGCUCCGCCGCCUCCUGACGUACCUCUUGGCCUAUGACGCGCUCGCAUUCCACGCGUACCUCGAAACGCUCAUCGCGGCGAAUACAACAACAGACUCGGGCGCUGCGAGGCACCACCAGUCCCCCUGGAUGCUCACCGACGCCGCGAACGUCAUCUUCCAGUAUGCGAAAAGACGCUGCUAUGUUACGUCCGCGCCCUCGAAGCCCGCGCUCCAAUCCGCCCAGCCUUCCGUCAUCAACCUAGUCGACGACCUUGAAGAUGAGUGGGCGAUCCUGGACGAGAUGGAGGCGGAGGUAGCGGGACGCCCCAGCGGCUCGAGCGGGAAAGGCAAGGAGCGGCAACGCGAGACGCGAAAACCAUGGCUGCCAGACGGGAUGGAGCCCGUGCUUGAAGAGCUUCCGAAGUGGUCGCUCCUCGCGGACGUGCUGCAAGAGAUCGAGGAGGAGAUGAUGCGGCGUGAGCCAAUGCUGUCGUCACACUCCCCUGGGACGAACACGGUUCUCGUCAUGGCGUCUUCGCUCCAUACGUGCACACUCAUCAAGGACUUUCUUCAUCUGCUCGAUGCGGAUGUCUCAAAAGGAAGUCAAGGUCGACGGAUGAUGGAAGACAAGCUAAAGCUCUACCUGUGGUGGAAGGGUAAACUGUCCGAGCGCAAGGCGGAGGGCAAGAGACCGAUCGCGCUGCCCAAGAGUACAGAGAGCGGAGACAGCGAAGUGAGCGAGGCAUUGAAGAGAAAAGACCGCGAGCGGCAGGAGAGGCAGGCGAAUCGGAGGAGAGUAAGAGGCGGUGCGCCUGUUGCAGCCGCUACGAGGGACAAGAUGACAGCAAGCGGGGGAGGUUUAGGCGAUGUGGAGAUCAAGAGUGAGGCAGAUGAUAUCGCUGCUUUCCUCUCCGCGCAGAGCGUGGACCUAGCCGAGACAGCGUUGACGCAAGACUUCCAGCUCUUCACCAUGGAUGAUGAUUUUGACACCCACUAUGGCCUCCUUGCACCUGCACAGACCGUACUCGUACGGCCGUACUCAGAUGACUCCGACGACCAAGUCCUGCAGGAGAUCAAGCCGCGCUUCAUCGUGAUGUACGAGCCCAAUCUUGAGUUCAUCAGACGAAUAGAGGUUUAUAGGAACUCGAAUGCGGGGCUGGGCGUCCGCGUGUAUUUCAUGAUGUAUAAGUUGAGUUGUGAGGAGGGGAAAUACCUCACUGGACUGCGACGCGAAAAGGAAUCGUUCGAGAGGCUCAUCAAGGAACGCGGGUCGAUGCUCAUGCCCAUCCAUGAAGACCGCACGACAGCCGCAGGCGAGGCGCUGAUCAAGACGAUCAGCACGCGGAUAGCAGGCGGGCGGAAAGAAGCCAGCAUUGAACCAGCACGGGUCAUUGUGGAUAUGCGGGAGUUCCGGUCGUCACUGCCCUCGCUGCUGCACGCUUCCGGGCUACUCGUCCUCCCUGUCACUUUGACCGUCGGUGACUAUAUCCUGACGCCAGACAUCUGCGUCGAGCGGAAGAGCAUACCGGACCUCGUGUCUAGUUUCAACAGCGGCCGAUUAUAUACGCAAUGCGAGUUAAUGUCCGCUCAUUACAAGCAGCCUAUCCUCCUAAUCGAGUUUGAGGAGCACAAGUCAUUCUCGCUCGAGGCGGUAGCCGACGCGAAGUCAUACGCCAAGACGUCCAAGUACGCCGUGAAGAAGAAGCAAGACUCGCGCGCGGACACCGCCACGAUUGCCUCGCAGUCGAUCCAGUCCAAGCUUGUUCUCCUCACGCUCACCUUCCCGCGCGUCCGUAUCAUCUGGUCGUCUUCGCCCUAUGCUACGGCUGAGAUCUUCAACGAUCUCAAGACACACGCUGCGCAGCCAGACCCGGCGAAGGCCGUCCUCGUCGGGGCUGAGGAGGACCCGCAAGCGGGAGCGGGGUUUAACGCCGCGGCGGAGGAGCUCCUGCGAAGCUUGCCGGGUAUCACGGCGAAGAACGUGAAGCAUGUAGUGAGCAGGGUGAGAAGCGUGCGCGAGCUGUGCGACUUGGAGAUGAAGGAUAUGCAGGAGUUAUUGGGCGUCGAGCCUGGUAAGGCUUGCUGGGAGUUUAUUCAUCGGGGCGAGCGGGCCCAAGCGCGAGGGUGAUUCGUGCUCACGUCAUGGUCAGAUGACAAGGUCUCUAUGCUCACCUAUGUGGAAAACGAGCAUCAUGAGGGCAUUGUGAGCUCAGCUGAGGUGUGACUUCUCGCUACGCUCUUAUCAAUCACGAUGCGAAUCAGUACAGUUCCCUCCUCCGCUGGGCUCAUUUGUCGUGGGCCUAUUGCGGAUACUACGUACUCAAAGUCUUCGAGAUCAAGCAGUCGUGUUCCACCACCUCUUAUGUCCACCGCAGACAUCAGUUCUUAG